AUGACGCAAGAAAUUUUUAAUUCCUGGUACGAGGAGCAUUUUAAACCUAGCGUUGAAAUGUACAAAACAGAAAGCGGUAUGUUAGGUAAAGUCGUUCUGUUGGUGGACAACUGCUCCAGCCAUAAAACUAUGACACCCCAAGCACAUGACAAUUUUGAAAUUAUUUAUCUACCCCCCAAUACGACAUCCCUGAUACAACCCAUGGACCAAGGCGUUAUUGCCAAAUUUAAAACAACCUACAGACAUAAGAUGUUACGCCGAGUUUUGCAAUAUGAGCAAGGAAUACAGGAGUUUUAUUGUAAAUUUAAUAUUAAAGACUGCAUAAAUUUAGUGGCGGAAUCAUGGACGGAUAUUACAUCUGCCAAUCUGCACGCCAGUUGGAAUAAACUUUUCUGCAGGGAAUCCGAACAAAUUGAUAUAUGCAAUACUUCCAUACACUCCGAAAUGACGGACAUUAUUAAUGCUCUCACGGGCGAAAAUAAUGACAGCGAAGAAUUGAACACCGUACUUACACAUUUGGAGGAACAGGAGGCAAUGAAUUAUGAAGAUGACAGUACGGCGAUGGAAAUAGAAAGAAGUGGAAAUGAAGAAGAAGAAAAAGCGGAAGAACAUGAUGAUACACAACAAAUCCAACCAACUGAAGCAGAGAGAAUUGAAAAAUAG